AUGAUCCAAAUCAUUCCACAAUUCAUUCUCUACUCCCGAAUAAUACCAUCACUUCUCUAUUUACUGGAAUCAUCUCUCGGAAUUGUUGUCCCAUAUUUAUAUUUCAGAUUUGUAAAGAAAGAAAAGCUUUCCCGAUUUUUCUACAUUUUUGUUGGUCUACAUUCGAUAUUUGUAAAUGUGUACUUUAAUUUAAUUGCAGCAUUUCCAUUAUUACCUUUUGUUGUGCAUUUGUAUUUUAACGCUUGUUUAUAUAUUCAUAUUUAUGUUCAAACAUUUUGGAGAGAGUUGAAACCCAAAUGGUAUUUAUAUUGUAUUUGUUUACCUGGUUUUUGGUACAUGGGUUGGGCCACACUUGGCUGCUUCAUCGCUGGUCCCUACAUGCUUUUCACAGGCUCCCUCUUUCUCGGUGGAGUUCCAGAAUACAUUCUCUACAUGUUCCGAGUGGAUUAUUUCAUUUUGAAUUUACUCGUCUUUGCAUUAGGUCUCUAUGCCUUCUACUUGUCUUUUUUCAAUCCAGCCUUCUGUAAAGAACACGUCCAUUUAGAUCUCACUUCUCAGAGAGAGGAUUGUGGUAAUGACCAAGUGAAAGAGUUACCUUCGAACAACAUCGUGCAUCAAGACGAGUCCAAGAUUUUACGAGUAUUUCAAUUUACAGAUGUUCACUUGGGACCAUUCAUGUCGAAACAGAGAUUACAUUCAUUGUGUGAAAAAGUGGCCAAAGAUCAUCGAAUUGAUCUGGUCAUUAUUACAGGAGAUAUGGAAACGUAUGACACAGAAUUGGAAAUGACUGGAUUGAAAGAAGCUCUUUCUCCCUUAAAAGAAAUUUCACACAAAGUUGUGGCAUGUCUUGGAAAUCAUGACUAUGAAGUGUAUGAUAAGGUUUUAGAAGCUUACUCUGAAAAUAACAUUCCUCUAUUGGAAGAUCAAGAAAUUACAAUUCCCAUUUCUCGAUGGUCUGAACUCAGCGGUAAGAAGGAAGAAAUUCAAGUCAUUGGGUCGACGUUUUCCUACACCCAUGAGAAACAUGAACAAAUUAUUACCAAAUUAAGUUCGAAAUAUCCAAGAAAAUCACCAACUACACCUCGAAUAUUUCUCAUUCACAAUCCAUCCAUGCUCUCAUGCAUGCCUCUCAACGAUAGUUGUGAUAUUAUUUUCAGUGGACAUUUACAUGGUGGACAAAUUGGAUUGGGACGUUGGACCUUUGUGAAAGUAUUUUACAAAAUUCUGAAAAAGUUGAAACGUGAACAACGGUUUUUUAGUGUUUAUCCUCCAGAUCAAGAAGCCACGAUCGGAGCAUCGUCUUCCUCUUCUGUUCAAUCGUUACAACUAUCGGAACAACAGCAACCGAUCCGACAAUUAGUGGACAUGCCAGUGGCAAGAGUGAGAAGAAUUAUGAAAAGUGAUGCCGAUGUUCGGACCAUUUCGCAAGAAGCUGUAAUUUUAGUAUCGAAAGCAGCUGAAAAAAUAAUUGAACAUUUAGCUAGGGAAUCUAUGAAGAAUGCAACAAAAGAAAAUAGAAAAACAAUUCAGUACAGUGACAUGUCGGAUGCUGUGAAAACAUGUGAUGUAUUUGAUUUUCUUGAAGACAUCAUUCCUGAGAGGAAAAGUUUUGACUCGGUUCUUGAAAUGGCAAAAAAACAAUAA